GAGCAUUUUCGCCAUCGUCCCGAAAUCGUCCACCUCCAAAACCCGCACUCUUCACAUCACCACCAUCACUACCGUCAACAACGACCUUACACCUUUCCUCCACCAACCCAAACUUCUACGAUCCAAAACCAAAUCAAACCACAAUAAACCCAGUCAACAAAACACCCAAAAUGUCUCGCCUCCUCCGCCUCCGCCCCCUCCUCAACCUCUCAAAGCCCUCGCUCCCAUCCCGCCUCUCCUCAACCUCAGCCUUCUCCCGCGGCCCCGCGCCCCCCCGCCUUCCAGCAGACCAACAAGCCGAAUUCGAGCGUCUCCAGCGCCAGGCCUCCGUGUCCAGCGCCUUCCAACACCUCGUCGAAGAGCAAUCCGAAACCCCCGCCGACGCCUCAUCUACCUCUGCCGAACCACUCUCUACCUCUUCCAGCUCCUCAGUCGCCGCCGAGGCUACCACAACAGCAACCGCGACCGAACCUGCUACCACUGCGACCCCCACGAUCGCAGCAACGGACGAGGACACAAUGCACCCAAACUACGUCCGCGGCGCCCCCGCAGAGUUCGAGGGCGACGUCAACCCGCGCACCGGCGAGGUCGGCGGGCCCAAGAGGGAGCCGCUUCGUUGGGGGUCUGGUGGCGAUUGGAGCUACAACGGUCGCGUGACGGAUUUCUAGAGUACCCAUGAACGUCUCCUUCUUUGCGGGGUAGAUGUGCUAGGAAGUCGGGCGCUUCUAAUGAAGAAGGAAAGAAAGAGAGAGAGAGCGACUUGGCCUCGAUAAAGAUGGAGGCGAUACGCCUUGCAAAGCGACGCCAGAAGACAUUGGGACACCUUCUGUCAGGCAACACAUUUAAAUGAAGAGAACCUCUCGCAUUGUAUCAUCAGUGUAUAGUAACUAGUCGCCAUAAUCAUAUCAAGAUACCAUCUCAUGACC